AUUCGAAGUGCCUUAUACAAUUUAAUAGCAAUUCCUUCAAAUGUAAAAUUGUUUAUUUUUUCUAAGGAAUGAAAAUGAUAAACUUUUUUUGAAGCGCGUCACCAACAAUCGCCUUUAACUUUAACUGAGUAGUAGGCAACAUCGGGUCCGCGCCCUCCGCUCCGCAGUAGUAAUCUGUGAUCGGGAGUUCCCGAAUAAAUGUUUAUAUUUUUUACGUACCGAAUUAAUAAUAAUAUUAUAUUAUCAAUAGUAAUAUGAUAUUAUGAUAGGCCAAAACUACUAUUAUAUUUAGACACAUUUCGAAACCGAUUUUUUUUUUUCACAAAACCGGCCACUUUUUUAUUUUGAGUAGCCACAAACUUGAUUGUCCUAACGGCAACACUGAAGUCUACAACCUAGAAAUGUAAUAGAGUUUACACGUCAAGACAAUCACUGCCAUUACAUGUGGCUCUGCGUUAUUACGUCUAAAAUAAUGUCUUUGAAAUAAUGAGAUUUUUAAGGAUGGUAUAAGAGAAGGGCACACUGUCCAACAUAGUUCACUAGAUAUCUACAUCUAUCCAAUAAGAAUCAAGAUGCGUUGUCACCCGUGAGGACUAAGAUGGAAUGGCUCGUUUCCAGUAAAAAGGGUCUCCGAUUCUCGACACUCACCAUACGAAACACAAAUGCGUUAAGCUGCUAUUUUACGCUGGAGAGCGUGGUCCUUCCCCAGUCGAGCUGACCCAUUAGUGCUACAACUAUACCACUAAUAUAGCUGCAGCAUGGCUCUACCACGUAAGAAGUAUGGCAAUAUCCCCCUAUGAAUCAAUCUUUGGGACAGGCCUUUGUUCUACAGUAGACUUUUAUAGGUUGUGAUAGAUGGUUGAAUGGAUAGACAAACAAUAUCGAUGAAUACGUUUUACAACAUUCAUCACUCAUCAACAUCACCAUCAUACAUGUACAUUGCCUUUGUAACGUCCUGGGUAAUUCUUGAAGAAAUCCCGGGACAUAAUAUAUCCUAAGUACUCUACAACUUUUCGGUAACGCCUUAUUAAAAAAAAAACAGAGGCAGCCAUAAGGACUGCCGACAGAAAUGAAAAUUCAAUGAUACAUACAUUCAAUGAUACCUGUGUGCGUAAACACGCACACAGGUCACACUAUAAAUCGCGUCGCUAGUUUAGCGAUGCGUAGGAGACAUGUCGAAGACAUUGGUGACGAAAACGAAAAACCCUACGAAAAAUCGCUCCAUGAGGCUAAAGAAGCAAGCGCAAUGCGUCACGAGCAUGUCGAAGUCAUCGGUGACGCGAACCCAUAAGAUAUUCCACUACCAAAUAUUGCUCCACGCGGAUAAAGAAGUAAGCGCAAUACGUUACGAGCAUGUCGAGGUCAUCGGUGACGCGAACCCAUAAGAUUUUCCCCUAUCAAUAAUCGCUAUGUGCUGUGAUGAGGGCAAAAACUUAGUAGUUCAGACGUGUAAUUUUUGCACAGAUUGAGAUGGUCUUCCCUUUUAUUUGUGAAAGCAAACAAUUACACAAUGUGUAUUACAUACAAUAUAUAAUAACUUCGUUUAAGCAUUCGUUUCUAUUUAAUCUCAAAAUUUUUCGGAUAAAAUAUAGCCUAGCACACUAAUGCAGACAGACAGACAAAUAUUUUGCAAAUGGUUAUACUUAAUUGUUAUUUCGAUAUUGCAGACAGACACUACAAUUUCUAUGUAUAGAUAAUACCGUUUUUCUGUUUCAUUUCAGCUUCAAUCCUCGGCCUGGCUUUGAUUGCUGGUAUCAUAGUAGCGCCCUUCAGCCUCCAGAAUCUAGGACGAAGACUGACCAACCAACUGAGCACGCUUCCAGCACUGGGCGGCUGGGCGGUGUUGGUCGCCGCCAGAGGGCCCGCUGCUCUUCUCAUCAGCCGAACUUUGCAGGGAUUCGCUAUGGGUCUCCAAGCGGCAGCAGGCCCAGUAAGCAUAGCGGAGUAUUCAUCUCCCAAAUACCGUGGAGCAUUCCUUGCAACCAUCGCGUUUUCAUUCGCAUUGGGCAUGCUUGUAGCUCAUAUAUUCGGGACCAUACUCUAUUGGCGAGCAGCCGCUGUGGCUUGCGGCAGUUUCUACGUCAUAUCAUUGAUCUUGAUUUCCAUAUCUCCAGAGACACCACCAUAUUUGGCAUCGCGAGGCAAGAACAGCGAAUGCCGAAAGGCUUUUAAGUUGUUAAGAGGAGAUGAUGAAAAUUCGGAGAAAGAAUUAGAAGUGCUAAUCAAAAGCCAGAGAAAGACCGCAGGGCCCAAGGUGCCACAGUUCACGUUCUAUCGACAGAUGAUCACGAAACCUGAAUUCUACAAGCCUACUGUCAUAAUGAUGUUCAUGUUUAUACUGUUCCAAUUAUCAGGUAUGACUGUCGUGCCGUCGUACACUGUGCCCAUUAUGGAAGAAGUCUCAGGUGGAACCAUCGAGCCUUAUACAAGUAUGCUGAUGGUAGACAUUGUUAGAUUUUUAACCGCCAUCAUAGCUUGUUUUGCUAUCAACAAGUUCAACAGAAGGACCGUCCUAUUCCUGGGUAUUAUUAUCAGCGUGGUUUCUCUUCUGACAACUGCCUUGUUACUCUAUCUUCGAGAUGGCGGAUACAUAACUGACAAAUACAAAUGGACACCUGUAGUGCCCACUCUCUUCUAUAUCUUCGGCAAAACCUUUGGCAUUUUACCUAUCCCCUGGGCGAUAGCUGGCGAAAUAUUUCCUUUGGCAUACAGGAGCGUGGGGAGCGGUAUAUCAGGAAUGUUCCUCUCGAUUAUGUUCUUCGUCGUAGUUAAAACUGCACCGUCUUCGUUCAGUCAAAUUGGAAUUAACGGGACGUUCUGUGUUUAUGGAAUCAGUGUCGCGAUUUGUGGACUUUUCCUCUUCUUCCUCCUGCCAGAAACAAAAGGAAAAACUCUGUAUGAGAUUGAGUGUCAUUUUAGAGGGGCGAAAGCAGGGAUGGUUAAAGCAGAUUGGUCCGAGAAGGACAAAAUGCUGGAGUUAAAAAAUGUGGAAGAGGGUUGAGGAGGUGAAAGGAAUAAUCAUGAAACGCUUUCCGGCUCUACAGCUGGCCUUGAUGAUAGGUGAUGUUUAAUAUCGAACAAUUGAAAUAUGCCACGUUUGAAACUUAAUAUAUGUAUAACAUCAAAUGUUUUGCAACAAGCGGCAAAUACUUAAAACUAUUUUUUAUCAAAUAACCCAGUCAGGCACAUUACUUUGUGUAACUACUUAAAUACUUCUUUGUGUUUAGAUUAGAAUAUAAGAUAUACGUAGUAUAAGUUGCACCAAUAAAGAAGCGUUUUAAAAUGGCGGCCGUUUUUUGACGUACGGUCAGGAAAGCAAACUGUCAAAAUAUUACUUUUUUUUAUUUCAAGUUUUAUUUUUAUUUUAAGACUUAAAAAAGGAGGAGGUUCCCACAUUGACUGUUUUUUAUAAGUAUCUUUGCCGGUUAUAAAAAUAAGUGUGAUACUUUUGCCGGUUCUGUUAGGGAUCUUAAGUAUUCUUCUUUAUUUGUAAGAUUAGGUAUGUUUUUAUGGUGAUUCCAUAUAAAUUAGUAGCAAAAUUAUAGUUGUAAUUUAUUUAUUUAAGGACAGCUAGAGAUAAUUACAAUAAUACAUUUACAUUAAAAACGCCUGCCGUUAGUACCAACUUUUUGGACAGGUCGUUUACUAUCCAAGCAGUGAGUCUGCACUCAAAAUAUCUAUAAAAUAUAAGUAAAUGUGAAAUCUGCACAUGCGAAUUUCGAAGCAAAUGAUUUAUCUAAUUUGAUAAUUUUCAACCAUAAUUGAGGCAUAAAAUAUAACAUAAAAGUUUCAUUUCAUAUCAAAGAUAUGUUACAAUCCUUAUUUUUAGACAUGUAGAGCCUAAAUUAUAGUGUAUAAAUUAAAUCAAAAUAAUAUUUUCUUUCUACUAAAUUUGCUUUGACAUAGCGACGUCUACUUCAUUUCAUAGGUAGUCAUUUUAUCAAACAAAAAUUGAUUGACUCUCAAGGUGGUCCAUAAAUCGGUAAGAUAUGAAAUCAAGGAAGUUAAGAAGUUUGUAUAUGAUAAUUUUAUUCAAAAUAAAUAAUUUAAUUCGUUUG